CGUCGGUACCCCUCCAAAAUUUUUCUUAUCGCGACACAAGCCGCCCGAUACCUCAGCGUGGUGAGUGUUUCGAGCGGCCUCUAGGUACCUCUAUGCGGUAACCUGUUAGUGGCCAUUAGUGGCAACUUACCUAUAGCAAGUACCUGAGUGGUCGAUGCUAGGUCCCUCCCUCUGCCGGCCGGUCCCUCUGCCAGACCCUGCAGCCUCCGAGAUUGCGGUAUCAGGUGGCCUCUCUCCCACUUUUUAUUUUUUUUUAUUUCGCAUCGACCGCGGGGUCACUUGCGACAAACACUUCCUUGCCAUCAGCACAAACUGGAAUGUCCCGUCUUUUCUGCUUCUAGUAAAUAGUAGAUCAUGUCUAUCCGUGACUAAUUCUUUGGCUUGCCAAUCCGCCUUCCCCAACCCGUGAUCCUACCUCGUCGUCGUCGUUGUUGUGAAAGGCCGACCACCGGAGCAGCUUACCUUGACCCACCCACUCGCCGUCUCUUGUUGAACUCGAGUCGCAAACUCCAAAUACCAAAUACCGGCACAUCGCGAAACCUGAGCUGCCUCGAAUCCCAUCUCCUCGUACCACGAUCCAUAUCCCGUCAGUCAUACCCCUCGACAACAUGUGUGGCGUAGUAGGCCUGCUCCUUGCCGACACCGAGUCGCACACCGAGGUGUCACACCUGCUCUUCGAGUCGCUGUUCUACCUCCAGCAUCGUGGCCAGGAUGCCUGCGGCAUUGCAACCUGCGGCGCAAAGGGACGGGUAUACCAGUGCAAAGGUAACGGUAUGGCCGCCAAGGUUUUUCAGGAUGGUGCUCGUGUCAUUGAUCUCCCGGGCUACAUGGGAAUUGCUCAUCUUCGGUAUCCCACAGCUGGAACUUCUUCAAGUGCCGAAAGUCAGCCUUUCUACUGCAACAGCCCUUACGGUAUCUGCCUUGCCCAUAAUGGAAACCUUAUCAAUGCUCCUGAGCUGCAUAGAUACCUGGAUGAAGAGGCCCAUCGUCAUGUGAACACAGACUCAGACAGCGAACUUAUGCUCAACAUUUUCGCCAAUGCGCUUAAUGAUACCGGCAAGGCUAGAGUCAACGUCGAGGAUAUCUUCCGAUCUCUUAAGCAAAUGUACCAGAAGUGUCAGGGCGCAUGGGCCGCCACCGCCAUGAUUGCUGGCUUCGGUAUUCUGGCUUUCAGAGACGCGCACGGAAUUCGCCCUCUACUCAUCGGCACACGACCCUCUGCCACCAUUGAGGGUGCGACAGACUACAUGAUUGCGUCGGAAAGCAUAGCUCUUCGCCAACUUGGAUUCAAAGAUUGGAGAGAUAUCCUGCCUGGUGAAGCCGUCUUCAUUCAGAAGGGAGGAAAGGCUGAGUUCAAGCAAAUUCAGGAGAGAAAGAGUUAUACACCUGAUAUUUUCGAAUAUGUCUACUUUGCUAGACCCGACUCGGUCUCGGAUUCUAUCAGCAUACACAAGAGCAGACAAAACAUGGGUGUCAAACUCGCAGACAAGAUACGCGAGACCAUAGGAGACGCAGGAGUCCGUGGAAUAGAUGUUAUCAUCCCGGUACCCGAAACCGCUAACACAGCUGCCGCGGUCGUAUCGGAGCGGUUAAAAAUUCCACUGUCAAACGCCUUUAUCAAGAAUAGAUACGUCUUCCGCACAUUCAUCUUACCCGGUCAGAAACUCAGACAAAAGAGUGUUCGCCGCAAACUGUCCGCCAUCGAGUCGGAGUUUCAAGGGAGGACUGUUUGUUUAGUUGACGAUUCUAUAGUCCGGGGAACUACGUCGAAAGAAAUUGUUAGCAUGGCGCGAGAGGCUGGCGCUGUAAAAGUCUACUUUGCUAGCUGUGCGCCGCCGUUGGUGUAUCCUCAUAUCUACGGUAUUGAUCUCGCAUCACCUCAUGAAAUGAUUGCGCACGAAAAGACCCGUGAAGAUAUCGCACAACUGAUAGGCGCAGAUGAUCUCAUAUACCAGGAUAUCGAUGAUCUGAAGCAAGCAUGUGCUGAAGCUGCACCCAAAGGAGGCGUCAACGAGUUCGAAGUCGGCGUGUUCUGUGGAAAGUAUCAGACCGACGUCCCAGAAGGGUACUUCGACCAUCUGGAUGAGAUAAGAAAUAAGAAUCGGAAGAGCGGUGUGCCUGCGGGAGCUGUCACUGCGAGUAGUACAGUGAACGGCGUCAAUGCGAGUGGGGGAUUUAGACUCAAUGUCCCGCCUAACACGCUCCCGACGAACGCGGACCCCGCCGCGCUGCUGUCGGCGUCGAAUGCGCCCCGGACUCCGGAGAAUCGAGAGGAUAUUAGUAUCCAUAAUAUUGCCUCGGAACAUUAUUAAUAUGGCGGGAAGUGAUAAUAAGAGCUGAGGAAAGAAUGGCUUGAUAGGGAGUCGAAACUUGGGUAUAAACUUGAGUGGUUGGUUGGUGUAUACCAUUGAAAUUCGGAGUUUUGCGGGUUGAUUUUUCAAAUGGUAUAAAUAUGGCUGUUAACGUUGCCUGACUCUGUUGAUAUAGGAGUGAAACUCUAUUGGUCGGGGAUUGUUAUAGAAAUGAUAGAAUGAGUUUUAGGGUUUAGAGUGAAAUGAAUGAAUGAAACAUGCAAAAUGUGCGAAUA